CAGGAUAAUCACGGGCAAGGUUGAAAAGAAGUUCAUUGAGUGGAAUCGAAAGGGAACACACUAAAACAUGCCGUGAAAAGUUUCACAGUUCCUGUCAUUCUUUCUGCAGCAGUAGAAUUCCCCCCCUAGAAUGACGGACAUUCUGCUCUCCGUGGUGUCAGAGGCGAAGCAUGCCUUCCCAACGCUCUCCCAACUGUCAGAGACUGAUGUGGAUGACAUUUGGUCAAAUGUGUCCUCUUUUGUCGAGCGUCAGAUGUCUUUACAGAAGGGAGUCCAUAUACAUGGACUGGGUAGAUUCACAUUCUGUCAACAAAAGAUGGAUGUGGGUAGUAAGUAUGUUCUAAUCCAGAGACCAGUCUUCCUACUAUCAGAGAAACUCUCCCAAGCUCAUGGCCUUCAGCAAGUAAAACCACAGAUUGCAGCCGGUGACGUGCCAGAGGUGCCACUGAACUUCUCAGCUCUGGCAGCCGAGAGCCCCUUUGAGCGGGACGUGCUAGAAGGCUGUAUACGUGAGACACUGCUGUUGCUACUGCGUGCUGUUGCCUCUCAGCGAUCAGUCCUCUUCACCUUCAGAGGGAUCGGGGUGCUGGUCUUUCGCAACUCCAAGGUGAAGAUGCACUUCUACAAAAACUUUGUCACCGGUAUGGAUGGCAGUGGAAAGGCGCUGUGGGCCCUAAGCAACAGACCAGGCACCAGCAACUCACUGUUAUCCGAGAAGUUCUCUAGCCAGGAUAGGCCUGGAACUAGCAAUACCAUCCACCUCCCACACAUCACACCACGGGCAGAAAGUGUGAAUGGAAAGACAUCUAAGCCCCCUAGUGGGCUCGACGAUGUUGAGGAACAGGAGAAAGAUUCCUCAGAAAUUCAGUGUCGGCCCAAGUCUCGGAAGAGUUCCACCACAACCAAAGAUAACGGUGUGAGCCUGAUAGACAAGCUGUACACUAAACCCAUCAAAUCUCCCCAGACACAGACUAUUGAAAGGAUGACUGAGCAGCCAGUACAAACUUCACUGCAAGCAACGAAUGUUUGGAAUGAAAAUAGUGCUCAAUUCAGCCUAACCUGCAAGGACCACAAACGUGCUGGACAGGAACUGUGCUACCUGUGCAUGCAACGAGCUAAGCUUAACAAUCCUGUGUACCUGUCAGAAGAGAGGCGGAGAGAGGAGGAUGAGGAGGCAAGACUGUUACUCUUACUAGAGAAUCAGAAAGACCACCAGUACCUUCAGGAUGUGCAGGCUGAGAAGAAUCAAAUACGUGAGAGACACAAGAAAGUGGCAGCAUUUAACUUGGAGGUUGCGGAAGCCUUGAAAAAGAAGAGGUCAACACGCUCAUCCCACUUCCAUCCUUCAUAUAUCUUUGGAGGGCGCCUAGACACUCCUCCUAAUUUGUUUAACCGACUAAGCUAUCAGGAGGAUCUAAGAGGCCAAGCAUCCCGCCUCAGACAGAAUCAGGAGUUUAACCAGCAGAGUCAGGACUUAAUAGACCAUCUACAGCAAGUCCAGCUUUCACAUGAGAUUGGCCAGCAAAAGACACAAUUUCUCAAGGAGAAACGUGAAAACUCGGAGAGGUAUAAAAAAGCACUGGACACUCAGGUGCAGGUAGAGCAGGUAAAACCAAAAGUGCAUUUCAAGAAGAGACUCAUGUUCCCACCCAUCAAGAAAGACUCAGAGAGAACAGAACAGACAGGUGAGUAUCGAGGAACAGGUAUCCCAGCUCACGUGCCAGACUCAGACGGGCCGGUGUUUGGGGUGCUGGACAACAACCCCGAGGACUUGGCCGAACAGCGGCGCAUGGCACAGGCAGUGCAACAGGAGCAGCUCUGGACCACCACACACAGGAGGAAAGAGGCCAUGUUCAACAAACUUGUGCAGCUGAAGCGGGAGAGAGAGAUGCUUAAGAGAAACCACAAAGAGCUAAUGGAGGAGCAGAUCUCGCACUACGAGAAAUUGUGUAACCUCAGAAAGUCUCUGGAGACGACGUGGAGCCGCAGUGCUCAUCUCAAGCACCAGAGGGAGAAAGAGGAGAGGAAAUUCAUCAGAUCCGGCAGUAGGCUUCUGAUAAGCCAGGGUGAACAAUACCGCCGCUGCUACCAGUGUAAGAGGACGCAAGGAAACUCUGGAGAGAGCAACCUUUGGAAAGACACACGUUUCAUUCCUGAGUCUCGCCUAAUGGUGUAGCAUGAAACCCAGAGCACAAAUAUGAAGAAACAUGUGAAAACCCUAACAGUGCAGUUGCAUUAA